AGCAUACGUUAAAACAUAAUCGUUCCGAACGCCGAGUACGUGCAGCGCUUGAAACCAGACCCUGAGUUUCAGCUCCAGCCCAGCCACAGCCACGCAUCAGCUGCUUUGCGCAUGCGCGACUCCUCCUCCUUAUGCACUCUCUUCCUCACUAAAACACCCCCCCUUCACACCAACCACCCACCCACCACCUUGCGCUGCGCCCACCACCAUGGCAAAAGCAACCAGCCUCUUCCCCCUCAUAAUCCUCUUCGGAGUCCUCGGAAUCCUAGCCUUCCUCGGCUACCAAAUCUACCUGUGGAGCAACGAACUCGCAGACCGCGGGUCAAAACACAUGGAGAAAAAACACAUGUCUUUCACCAAAGAUGGGGGGUUGCGGGUUAGUGUGAAAGAACAAGGAGAUGAGAAGUUGGGGGAUAAGACGCAGAAUGUGAUUGUGAAUGCGUGGAACAAUGCCGAACUCCCGAAUUAUAAGAGUAGACUUGGGUGGAAUAGUACGCAGGGUGGACGAAAAACUGGUGAGCAGUGAUUGUUAUACUGGGUUCGUUUGCUGCGGGUAUGAUGACUGCGACUGCGAUACCGGCUGAGAAUCGAGAGGGCGCCUGGAGCUUGGUCGUAGGAAGAACAAGAUGAGACAUGAAGGAUAUGGAUAUUUGCUUAGUAGCGGAAUUGCACGUGGACGACGAAGACGACAACGGACGACACGGUUGGCUACAGCCACAAUUCCCACCAAUAGCCCGGCGGUAUGAUGAUCGAGAUGCAAAUUCGGCGAAAAGAGAUACUGUAGUGCCUUAUGCUAUGCAUAAAAGCGACCUCGGCUUUUCCGAGUGUCCCAAAGUUCGAUCAACCAAACGCUCUCGACAUGAAGGUUACGCCAACGCUAUGAUAUGCAUGAAUUUAGCGUUACUUACUUACUUAUACGAGGAAACGAGAAAUCAUGUGCGCCUUCU